AUGUCACAUGAAUCUGUCUGGUAUUCGCGCCCACGAACCUACGGAAAGGCUUCUAUUGGCUGUGUUGUCACCGGUGACAAGAAGAAGUCUGGUAUCAUCCGCAAGUAUGGACUCAACAUGAGUCGUCAGGCUUUCCGCGAGAAGGCGCAGGAUAUUGGUUUUGUCAAGUACUGCUGA